GCGAGGAGGGGGCUGGGAGCGGGGCGGGGGGGAGCCGCUCAGGCGCGUGCCGCUUUUUAAAGGGGCGCAGCGCCUUCGGCAACCGGAGAAGCUCCGUUGCACGCGACCGGGUGUGUGAUCUCAGAGCGGGUGGGGGAGGGUCGAGGAGGGAGGAAAAAAUAAUAAUAAUAAUAAUAAGACAUUGCAAGUCGAGACCCGGGAAGGGUUGUGUGUGUGGUGUGUUUUGUGGAGCCGGUUUGCCAGUGCCUCUCCUUCGACUCUUGAGCCUCCGAACCAACCUCUGCAGUGCGAUGUCCCGCCUGCUGCACGUGGAAGAGUGGGCUGAAGUGAAGGAGUUAGGGGCCCACCACCGCCAUCCCCCGCCGCACCACCUCCCGCAGCCGCCGCCGCAGCCGCCUGCGACUCUGCAGACGAGAGAGCAUCCCGGGUACCCGGCCGAGCUGUCCCUCCUGGACGGCACAGACCCACGCGCCUGGCUGGCUCCCACGUUGCAGGGCAUCUGCACGGCACGCGCCGCCCAGUACCUGCUGCAUUCCCCGGAGCUGGGGGCCUCGGAGGCGGCGGCGGCGCCCCGGGAGGAGCUGGACGGCCGGGGGGAGCUGGCGGCGAGGAGAAGCGGCGGCGGCAGCGGCAAGAGCCCCCCGGGCCCGGUGAAAGUGCGCGAACAGCUGUGCAAGCUGAAAGGCGGGGUGCUGGUGGACGAGCUGGGCUGCAGCCGCCAGCGCGCCCCUUCCAGCAAACAGGUGAACGGGGUGCAGAAGCAGAGGCGGCUGGCGGCCAACGCCAGGGAGCGGCGCCGGAUGCACGGGCUGAACCACGCCUUCGACCAGCUGCGCAACGUUAUCCCGUCCUUCAACAACGACAAGAAGCUGUCCAAGUACGAGACCCUGCAGAUGGCCCAGAUCUACAUCAACGCCCUGUCCGAGCUGCUGCAGACGCCCAGCGCCGGGGAGCAGCCGCCGCCGCCGCCCGCGUCCUGCAAGAGCGACCACCACCACCUCCGCGCCGCCGCCGCCGCCCCCUACGAGGGCGGUGCGGGUACCGCCGCCGCCGCGGGGGCCCCGCCGGCCUCCGGAGCCGGCCAGCGGCCCGCCCCGCCCGGCGGCUGCCGGACUCGCUUCUCCGCGCCGGCCUCCUCCGCGGGAGGGUACUCCGUGCAGCUGGACGCCUUGCACUUCUCCGCGUUCGAGGACAGCGCCCUGACGGCGGCGAUGAUGGCGCAGAAGAGCCUGUCGCCGUCGCUGCCCGGGGGUCUCCUGCAGCCGGUGCAGGAGGAGAACAGCAAAACGUCGCCCCGGUCUCACAGAAGCGACGGGGAGUUUUCCCCCCACUCCCAUUACAGUGACUCGGAUGAGGCCAGUUAGGGAGGGGACAGAAACCCUGAAAACACAGACACAGAAACAAAAAUUGCCCCUUCCCGGUGCCCAAAGAAGAGCCCCGCGGUGAAAGAUCCCCGCACCCUGUUCGUGUUUGCGCGGCGACGGUCGUUGUGUAGCAACGACUAGGCUCCAGACGGCAGCUAUUACAUUGGAUGGUUGGCAAAAGCCUCCCCGAUUCCAAACUUCCUAUCACGCGCACCACCCCCCAUGUUUGAUGAAAACUUGUUAAAAGUUGUGUUCUUCCCUCCCACCUUCCGCUUCCCCUGUAGAUAGGUAGGCUAUCAUGGAUUAUAUAUACGUUCCCUGCUGCCAAUACGCUGCUAAAACAUCUCAUCUUUUCUAUCGCUGGUUUGUGUUUAAUUUAUUUUGUGCCCUGGGCACCCAUCCAUCCAUCCCUGUGUGUUGCGCGCCCUCACGUGCGGUGCGGGAGAGUUGGUAUUCCUAAAUGGUUUCCCAAAACGCGUUCUGAAACUCAAAAGUUAAAACUUCCAAAGUGAGUGGCUUUUGACUGCGGCGUGGUUGGAAAACGGGGACCUUUGAAGUUUAUAUCUUGUAUAAACGUACCCAGUAGGUAUAUCCGAUCGCGAGAAAGUUGGCGUCUUAUUAGGAAACUUGGCGCACGCACUUUAUCAGCCGCUCCUGCUGUGGUGGCUCCGGGACAAACUCAGCUGCCAAUUGCAGACCAGUUUUGUUUUUUCAAACACGGCCACUUAUCAUCCUUAAGCUUUUUGCAAAUGUUUUGUUUAAAAAAUUAAAAUUAAAAAAAAUAUAUCCAGUAGUGUCAAAAGCAUUUGGUCAAUGUUACUUUUUUUUGCCUUGUUAAUGUUAGAACUUAUUUAUUAUUGAGUGUUUGCUACCGUUUCUACUUAUCUUGAUUCAUUUUUUACGUUUUCUACUCGAGACCAUUUUAUUUUAAGUUAGCAAAGCCAUUGCCAUUGUUUUAUGUAUUUUCUUUUGCAAAUGAUAAAAAUAAACUUGAAAAUAACU